AUGGCUGUGUGCACCGAGCUCGCAGGCGGCACGGCAGCCGGAGCCGGCGGCAGCAAUGGGAGCAGACCGCGAGGCAAGCGGCGGUAUCCGUUCGGAGGCUUCUCGCCGCGGGCAGCCAAGGUGACCAAGGUUGACACCGAGACCGUGGCUGAGAGGACCAUGGAGCGUAUGCGCCUCGGUGGCCAUCUGCAGUCUCUGGACCACUCGCAGCCAGGCCUCCCGCAGCCGUUCCGCGUCCGGAACCUCAUCACCAAGCGCAUGGCUGCCCCGUUUGUCAUUCCCAGUCAUCACCGCGCAGCCGGUUCGUUUGGAUCGAGCCUGCCGGCUCAUGCUGAGCGUCCGCUGGCCUCGUCUGCGCACUCAUCGUCGCUGUUUGGGUCGCCGGGCUCGCUCUCGUCGUCGUCGGCGUCGUCGUCGUCAUCUUUGUUGCAUGGCCAGCACGGCGGCGAAGCUGAGGCUGGCCCGUCGGCCUCGGCCUCGGCCUCCGCGUACACGCCGACGUUGUAUCAGAUGUUUGGCGUCGAGCCGCGGGCCGGGGCUGCCGCCGCGCUUGGGCGCGGCUGCGGCGACGAUGGCGGCCUGGCUGAGAUGGAGGGCGUGUCGGCGCAGGUUGCGUGCUACAUCUGCGAGAAGACCGAGUCUGCCGUGGGGUGUGCCCGCUGCGGGUAUGCGGUCUGCCCGGCCUGCAUGCGGCAGUGCGAUCUGUGCGCUGACUCGUUCUGCGACGUCUGCGUCAUUGUCAACUACGACCAGCGCUACGACCGCAUCUUCUGCCUCUCGUGCUCGGACGAGAGCGCCGCGGCGUCAGCAUCGGCCUCAGUCGGCCCGCUCCGGCUUCCGCACGAGUUUACCCCGGUGUCGUCGGCUCCGCCGCGUGCGCUGCGCUCCUCGCCGCCACAGGUCUCGCUGGACAACUACUUUGGCCACGCAUCGUAAACUCUACCACCCGGGGCA